GCCCGGCGUUGACCAUUGAGCCCUACAACCAAUCCAAAUCUCUCACCACUUGCCGGGUCGGCCUGAUGGAAGGGAAAGACUCGUUUGAAGUGUACGGAACAUUGACCAUCAACAGCUCGGACCUUCAGACCAGGUCAAAGGUCAAUUUUCAGAUUAGAAGGAAGGGCGAUUUCCAUUACACAAAUGUAAGCCAAAAACAUCGACAGACACGAUUAGGUCUCGUGUUAUUACAUACAAAAGGACACACGCAAAGUUUAUUUCGUUUUUUUUUUCUGAAAAGGGGGGAGGGGCAUUAUCAGCAGCCAUCGUCAAUAUGAAGUCCCCUGACCAGGUAAGGGGGGGGGGGCAUUAUCAGCAGCCAUCGUCAAUAUGAAGUCCCCUGACCAGGUAAGGGGGGGAGGGGCAUUAUCAGCAGCCAUCGUCAAUAUGAAGUCCCCUGACCAGGUAAGGGGGGGAGGGGCAUUAUCAGCAGCCAUCGUCAAUAUGAAGUCCCCUGACCAGGUAAGGGGGGGAGGGGCAUUAUCAGCAGCCAUCGUCAAUAUGAAGUCCCCUGACCAGGUAAGGGGGGAGGGGCAUUAUCAGCAGCCAUCGUCAAUAUGUAGUCCCCUGACCAGGUAAAUGAUAUCACAAAAAUGUAUUUUGUCACCGCACACCAAGUUAAUUCCUUUCAACUAAAUAUCUCUAAUUACUUUCCUUAUUUUUUCGCCCACCACUCUGUUUCUCUUGUGUUGUAAAUUUCAAGGCUACCGGAAAUUUAAACUUAAGAAAUUUCGUCUAUGGUAAAUUGAUCGACGGUAAUUUGAUCGAACGGAAAUUUUGUCGAAUCUUUUUUGCAGUUCACACGUUAAAAUUUUCGUCAAAAUUUCUUUUUGAACGCGCUAUACUCUAUAAUAAAACAAAAUAAUGUGCUGAAAAAGAAAUGUAAAGGAAAAAUUUAAAAAAAAAAAACCUGGAAAAAAAGAUUCGUCCAAAUCUCCGUUCGAUCAAAUUACCGUCAAUCAAUUUACCGUCAACGAAAUUUCUUUCGAUCAAAUUUCCGGAUACGUUAUUUCAUGGCAUGACAUAAGCGGGCGUCAAUGUCUUUCCUCUUCCUUUUGUUGGUAAAAUCGUAAUCUACUGGUAGAGUCAUGGUCUAUUGUUAGAGUCAUGGUCUAUCGUUAGAGCCAUGGUCUACUGGUAGAGUCAUGGUCUAUUGUUAGAGUCAUGGUCUAUCGUUAGAGCCAUGGUCUACUGGUAGAGUCGUGGUCUAUUGUUAGAGUCAUGGUCUAUCGUUAGAGUCAUGGUCUACUGGUAGAGUCGUGGUCUAUUGUUAGAGUAAUCGUCUACUGGUAGAGUCGUGGUCCACAACAUCAUUCAUGUUCAAGUUUUAGAAAUGAUCUCAUUCUCAUUUACGGUUGUUGUCUUCUCGUACCAGUUGUGCAUCCUCACCCUGGAACUGCGGUCCUGCUCGGGCGGCACCAUGAAGUACGGCCGGUGCUUCUGUAUCUCGGAGAUGCUGAACUCGUACAAGGUGACACUGACCGCCAAGGCGGUCCUGGGCUUUUCCCUGAGUCAAAUCCGG